CGCCGUCUCGACCACCACAACACCCCGAUUCCUCUGCCAAAAUGACAGAACCAGUUCCCCAAUCCGACACCCCAGCAACCACAGUGCCAGCCCCGACAGUAACCUUCUUCAAACGCUCCACGAAAAACCGCUCUUCAAUCCGAAAGCGCCCCGCCACACCACCCCCCACCACCACCUCUGACUCCUCAGAUGCCUACUCCUCCUCAGACGAAAAAGCAACUGGCACUCGAUGCGUCAAGAAACGUCGAAAAAACAAAAGCGUUGUGACGACCAAAACUACCAGCAAACCUAGUUCCGCCACGCUCGGAAACUCGGAGGACGUGAAGCGAAGAUAUACAGACGUGAGCAGCGAGUUAACAAACGCAAACGACGCGACAAAGACGAACUGGCACAACCACGGUGACAACGAAACGUCUUCUUUAUCUUCGAAGAAGAACACAGCAGAAGGGGAGGGAGAACCGAUUGUGGGCGGGGCGUACAAGGGCACAUCAUCCUACACCUCCUUCAUCAAAAAGUCCGAAAACGCCCCUGCCCGAUCCGUCGGUCCCAUGAAAGCGCCUAGCAACAUCCGCACAAUCACGAUCACGGACUACGCACCUGACGUCUGCAAGGACUACAAGCAAACCGGCUUCUGCGGCUUCGGCGACACAUGCAAGUUCCUACAUGCGCGCGAGGACUAUGCGCAGGGUUGGAAGUUGGAUCGCGACUGGGAGAUUGACCAAAAGACUGGUAAAGCUAAAAAUAAGAAAGGGGACGAUAGUAAAGGGGAGGAUGAGGAGGAGAGAGAAUUGAAAGAUAUACCCUUCAAGUGCGUUAUUUGCAAGGACGACUAUAAGAGUCCUAUUGUCACCAAGUGCAAGCAUUACUUUUGCGAGACAUGCGCGAUCGCUAGGUAUAAGAAGACGCCGAAUUGUGAAAUUUGCGGGAAGCGCACAGAUGGCGCUUUUAGUAUGGCGAAGGAAUUGAGGAAGAAAUUGGAGAGGAAGGUAGUUAGGGAGGAGGAGAGGAGGAAGAAGGAGGAGGCGGAGGCGAUGAUGAUGGAGAGCAAUUAAUUGGACGGGCUCUUGUGACGUUUAGUGCUCAAGUUGGACAAUGCACAUUUUUUCGUCCUUUUUCUGCAUUCCCGUUUAGUGUGGGUUUUUUACUUUAUUUUUAUUGUUAUCAUAAGUCCUGGGAUUUAUUGGUAAAUACGGGAAAAACCCCGACAAGUAUCCUAAAAAUACAGUUUAGGGAACCUAGAUAAACAGCAAGAAAA